AUGGCGCUCCAGGCUGCGUACAGGCAGUUUUUAGCGUCGCCGAACUCGUCGGCCCUCGCAGACGACGCGGCGCUCCACUACAUCACCACGACUACUAGCUUCACGGGCGCAACCGAGAUCAUUAAGCACCUUUCCUCGGUGCGCAACAAGAUCAAGAAGAAGAAGGAGGCCGCCCUUUUCGCCAUUGAGAACCAGACUGCGCUUGCGCUCGAGGCCGACACCACGUUGGAGUUUGUGAGCAGCGGCGGCCCUUACCUCCCCGGCCUGGACGACAACUUCCUAGCCGACCGCACCGUCCAGAUCGUUGUGAGCCACAUCGUGGCCUUCAACGCCGACGGCAAGAUCACACAGAUCCGGCAGAGCUGGGACCAAGGCGCGCUUUUGAAGCAGGUCGAUGUCAUUGGCAGGUCCGGCGCAAACUGGCCUAUUCGCGACGUCAAAGAUCAAGUUACGCUCAUCGAAAAAUGCGCCAAGGGCGAAGGUAGCGCUGCGGCUCCCAUUGCGGAGACACUUCCCAACCGCUCCCGUGGCAGCUCGAACGCCAUGCGCGACCCGCACGCCACCCUUGACUUGUUCGCUUCGCGCGAGGAGCUGGAGAGUAACCCUGCGGCCGUCAUCUCACCUUAUGCAGGCAGGAGACCCCGCCAGCGGUCCUUUACCGAAAUCCUCGGCGACGAGCCCGUCGAAGAUCCCGGCUCUCCCAGCGCCGGGCGCGAGCGCUCGCAGUCCCCGAGCAAAGUCAUUGCCCCCAAGGCCGGAGCUGGCAAGAACUUCCAGCCCAUGCGCCUCUUUGACACGGACGAGAACGAAGCCGCGGACGACAAGGAUUCGCCGGAACCGGCGCAGAAGGUGAACCGCUUCAUCCGCCCGGACCCUAGAAAGUACCAGCAUUUUGAACUUGACGACGGCUCGGAGGCUCCCGAGGUCCCGACGCCGAAGGCCCCUGCACCCGCCCCCGACAGGAGCAGCAAGCAUGGCAGCAACUGGUCGUUUGACGACUUCGUUACCCCCCAGAAGCCGGUCGCUACUCGCGGCCUACACCGUGCCCACAAUACCCGUCACUGGGGCGCCGACAAUGACAUCCUCGAGAACACCCCCGCUCCCCACCCGCAAGUGAUCAAGCCGCGCAAGGAUGCUGAGGCGCACUUCGAACUAGUUGAUGAUGGCCCGGCCCGGGAAGACGCCAACAAUGCUAGCCGCCUGCCCCGCGGCGCGAUGCAUAACGAGAACCUCCACUUGUACGACAACCGUCUGCACCACGAGGACGGCACCGUCCCUUCGCCCGGCCCGCCUCCUCUCGGGAACAUCACCAACCUUAAGGACCGGCAAAAGCACUUUGGCGCUCACUUCAGCAUGACGGACGAGUCCCCGCAGCACGACAGCACCAGCGAGGCUCCCAAAAUGGGCGAGGACCGCAAGAAGGCUGUGCGCAUGAUGGAGAGCAACUGGGCUCCAUCCGAUGAGUCGCCGGUCUCGCGCAAGGAAAAUAGCAACCCCAACAGUGAGAACAUUGAGCGCGAGCGCGGGAUCGCCAUUGCCGGCGACGGUAUGGGCGGUCGAAAGGGCACCUCACGCGGCUGGCUUCACGGGGAGGAGGAUGCACCCGAACCGGCCAAGAAGGGCAUUCGCGGGCCCCCGACCAAGUCGGAUAACUUCUGGGACUUUUAA